UCGGCCUCAAGUGGGGCGAGAUGUGCUCUUCGAGCGUCUGCCUUCACGUAUCUUCGCGGUGACAGUACGACUGUGGAACUUGUCCCUCCUGUUCUGAAACUUAGUGAGGAACUCGGUGAGGAACUUGGUGAGGAACUUGGUGAAGAACUUGGGGAGGAACUUGGUGAGGAACUUGGUGAGGAACUUGGUGAGGAACUUGGUGAAGAACUCGGUGAGGAACUUGGUGAGGAACUUGGUGAGGAACUCGGUGAGGAACUUGGUGAGGAACACGGUGAGGAACUCAGUGAGGAACUUGGUGAGGAACUUGGUGAGGAACUCAGUGAGGAACACGGUGAGGAACUUGGUGAGGAACUCAGUGAGGAACACGGUGAGGAACUCAGUGAGGAACUCGGUGAGGAACUUGGUGAGGAACUCAGUGAGGAACACGGUGAGGAACUUGGUGAGGAACACGGUGAGGAACUUGGUGAGGAACACGGUGAGGAACUUGGUGAGGAACUUGGUGAGGAACUCGGUGAGGAACUUAGUGAGGGACUUGGUGAGGACCCAGGGGAGGAUCCAAGUGAGUAGGCAGGUGAAGACUCAGGUGCGAAACUGGGUGAGGACUCAUGUGAGGAACUAGGUGAGGACCCAGGUGAACUAGAUGAGGACUCAGGUAAGGAUCCAGGUGAGGACCCAGGUGAUGAUUCAGGUGAAAACCCAGUUGAGGAUCCAGCUGAG